AGUUUAGGUAGAAUCACAUGACACUUAAUUCAAAAUGGCGCCGCCCGCACCUCCCACAGGCGAAGGGGAGUACACAGAGGGAACAGCGGCGCAGACUGCGAGUGUACCAGCAGCUGAGGGUGGUGUCCAGUCAUGGGAGCGGCCUUGGACUGUGGGAGAGAUCAGGAAGGAGGCCAACAACUGGUCACUGGCUGGGGAUGCAGGACUGCUUCAGUACCUGCAGGAGUUCUCUCAGAGGGUGAUAUCCCGGACACAUGAGAUCGGGAAGGAAGUGGAUGGCCUUGUACAUGAGGCCAAGUUGACUGGGGUUCGAGUCAACAAUGUCUUCAAUGACUUCAUCAUGCUGGCAAAUACUCAGUUUGUGGAAAAUAGAGUGUAUGACGAGGAUGUUAGUCAUGCGAACCAGGAAGAGGAAAGGAAGCCAGACCAAGAGGAGAAGACCAGAGAACAGCGUGAAGCAGCGCUGAUACCCAAAGUCACUGAGGCUCUUCGAUAUGGCACAAAUGUCAUAGAUGAGGCAUUUGAGAGACUGGACACCAACAUUGGUGACUCUGACUCGGAGGAUGAGGAGGGGGGAUACCGUGCGGACCCCAUCCUGGAGGCCAAGGAUCCAUACGUGACCCGCUACUUGCCUUUGUUGAUCGGCAGUCCGGGAUUCUUGGAGGAUGAUAAUGUCGGCCUUGUGGAGGAUGUCUCAGGAGGAGAGGAGACAGAUCAUGGCAGCAUCAGCGAGAGUGAGGCUGAGAGGUCCGAGACAGAGUCCGACUCUGAGGUUGAGGAGAGGAAGAGAAGCAAGGCCCGUCGUGCCACCCGUGUAUCGGACGACUCUGAUGAGACAGAGAGUGAGGAUGAUGAUGAGGAGAGUGAUGAAGACAUGUUCAGCACCAAACACAAGAAGCAUGUCGAUGAUGACAGCGAUGACGAUGGCGACGGGAGUGAGGAGGCAACCAGCUCGGAGGAGGAGAAGGGUGACGAGGAAGACACAGAGAAGCCUGGUGCUCCUGCUGGGGGUGGAGGGCGGGACUUUGCUUCUGAGUUGGCUGCCAGGAUAGGAGCUGCUGUUCCCAAACCCUCUCCUGCUGCUGCUGCCGACGACGAUGAUGAUGCAGAGCGGGAGGUUGAAGAACAACCCAAACAGACUGCUAGGAAAAAGACUGGUAAGAAAGAAAAGAAACACAAGACAAAAGCGAAGCAAGUCAAGGCUGAUGAUGAAGAUCUGUUCAGUGCCCCUGCUGGUGGUGAGGAGGAUGAGAACACACCGUUCGGGAAGUCUGGUGGAUUGUUCACCAGCAGCAAGGGUCUGUUUGAUGAUGACGAGCAGGAAGACUCCGGUGGCCUGUUUGAUGAUGUGGAGAAGCCAGCCAGGAGACAGUCCAAGAAGGUGGUGCAGGAGUCUGAGGAAGAAGAAGAAGAGGAAGAGGAGGAGGAAGAACCAGUUAAAGACACCAGACCACGGACAGCGAGUGGGAAGAGACUGCCCAGAGGAGCUGUGUCCAUAUUUGGAGAUGGUGACUCGGGACUGUUCGGCAGUUCCAUCAAGGAGGAGGACGAGGCCCCGGCACCAAGGAAACCCUCCAAGUCGAAACCUGCAGCAGCGGCAGCCAGUGUAGGAGGAGGGCUGUUUGAUGAGGAGGAAGACGAAGGGGGGGAUCUGUUUGCUGCAGUUCCCUCCAACAAGACACAGCCAAAGAAAGAAAAAAUAGCAAAGACAACAUCAGCGCCGAAGGUUUCCAAGGCAUCGAGUGACCUGUUUGCUGACCAGGACGAGGACGAAGAGGGGGAUCUGUUUAUGGGUCAGUCGGCCGCUAGUACACGUAAAAUGUCUGGACCCAAAGCAGAGGAGGUUAAACCCAAGGCCAAGAAGACAGAAAAGAAGUUGCCAGCAGGGGCGGUAUCCAUGUUUGGGGGAGCUCCAAAUCCCCUCGCUGCAGCCAUCAAGAAACAACGACCAGCUUCAGAUAGCGAGGAAGAUGAAGAGAGAGAAGAUGAAGAAAAGUCUCGAAGUGGCAGCGUGAAGUCCAGCCAGUCAGCAUCCAGCUCCUCGCUACGUGGGUCAACUGAUGUGAAGAAAACAUCGCGAAGUGGCUCUGCAUCCAGCAACAGUUUGUUUGCAGAUGACAUCGAUGAGGAUCUCUUUUCUUCCAAACCAAAGACAGACAGCAGUAAAGCCAGCAAGCCAAAGACUACUGCCGCUGCCUCAGGUCUCUUCCUGGAUGAUGAGGAGAAACAAGACGAUCUGUUUGGUGCAGCAAGCAAGCCCACAGCCAAACCUACACAAGAUAAGAAGGGAGACAAAGCAAAGCCGAGGUCCAGCAGCCUGUUUGAUGAUGAUUUAGAAGACGAAGAAGAUAUGUUCUCGUUCAAGUCAAAACCCAAAGACAGCAGUGGAGGCAAGAAGAAGCCUGUUGGUGGGGUGGCACUGUUUGGGGGUGCUGACAUUCUGAAGAAGAAGACCGAAACCCCUGCAGAGGAGCCUGCCAAGGCCACCCCUGAGGAAGAGAAGCCGGAUGUGAAACCCAUACCCCGCAAGUCCACACUGUCAUUGUUUGAUGAGGAUGUCGAAGAUGCAGAUUUGUUUGGUGCAGCACCAAAACCUAAACCAGCAGCCAGCACUGCCAAGAAAGAGCAGAGCAAGCCCAAGGCUGGUGGCAAGAGCCUGUUUGAGGAUGAGGAUGUUCUGUUUGGUGGGGCCAGUGAGGAGGCACCAGGAGUGGACCUCUUCAGUAAACAGGGACCUCUGGGAGGCUCGUCUAAAGCUGAACCAGCUACAGCAGCCCCUUCUGCUAAGCCAUCAGUGAAAGUUGGAGGGGCCACAACCAAGUCUAGCUCCACAGACCUGUUUGAUGAUGAUGAUGAUGGCUUAUUUGACACCAAGAAAGACAAGCCCAAGGAGAAGGUGGAGGUAGCUGGGGCCACUACAACAGAGUCAUCUGAUGCAGGACCACCAGCUGCUGAGGAGGAGGCCAAGCCAGCAGCACCCCCAGCCGUCACCAAGCCCAGGAAACCAGCAGGGGCAGUGUCCAUGUUUGGAGGAAUGGACCCUUCAGCUCUGCUCAAGAAGAAGAAGAAACCUGUGGAAGAGGAAGAAGACAAACCAGCAGAGCAAGAAAAGAAACCAGAGGAGAAGAAAAAAGCUGACCCUCUGUUUGGCGAUGCCGAUGAUGGCAAAGGUGGAGCUGACAUCUUCACUGUGGUUGCCCCGAAGCCCAAGCCUCCUGCUGCAGCACCCAAGCCAGCAGCAUCUCAAGAUGAGGACAAGUCAGAAGAGGAUUCAAAGGCCCAGCAGGAGGCUCCCAAGCCCACCCGUCCUAAGCUGGCUGGUGCGGUGUCCAUGUUUGGAGGGAUGGACCCAGGAGGUUGGUCUGGUCAGAAGAAGAUGAUGCCCACCAGGCAGAUCUCUGAGGAUAACAAAGUGCCACUGCCUCCAGAUCUUCCUGACGUCGACCAGCCUGCAGCCUCUAGUUCAGCUCCUGGUAAAAAACGUCCUGGAAAAAUAGGGAAACUUCAGGGAGGUCUCGGUAUCAACCCCGCUGCGUUACUUCCGGGGGCAGCGCCGCCUCGGGCAGCAGAGAAUCAACUAGCUGUGGGCUUCAGCGAACCACCGGAGACUACAGUGCUACCUAGUGCUUCAAAGGACCGAGUGAGGAUUAUCACCAGACGCAGGCCCCAGAGUCGAAAGGCUCGGCACUCUGCCGCCCUCUCAGGUGUUUUUGAUGACUUCUCCCCAACUAUGUCACCAACAUCCCCAACAGAACCCAACCCCAUUGCUCAAAUUGAUGGCAAGGAUUCCAGCCCUCCAAAAACUGAGACUCGAUCAGAUUUAUUUGGAAAUGAUGACAUUCUUGGAGACUCCUCCAAAUCAGCUCCAGUGUUAACGGAGGACAAAUCUGGUGAUAAGGAUUUGUUUAGUGAUGGACUAUUUACCAAGAGUGGUAGCACAAAGCCAUCAGACUCUGUAGAUGGACUCUUUGAGUCUUCAGGGAAAAGUGAGAAGAAGGCCCCUGUAGCUGCUGCUGAUCUGUUUCCCUCCAAGCCUUCAUCAGUGAGUGGACAGGAAAAGAAGGUGACACCAGUUGAUAAUGAGGAAGACUUGUUCGCAUCAACACCUAAGCCAUCUAAGCCAGCAGAUAAAGAAUCCAAGACCGACAGUAGUAGCAAGAAGGAAGAGAAGAAAGCCAAGGUUGUGGAUGACGACGACAUCUUUGCUGAUGCCAGUAUUAACAAGAAAAAAGAAUCAAAGAAACCUCCUGCUGAGUCCAGUGAUGACAUAUUUGGAGACAGUUCAGCAUCCAAGAAACCCUCCCAGAAACCGGCUCCGGGGAAUGAGGAAGACAUCUUUGCUACAUCAGCACCAGCAGAGAAGAGGAGGCCGAAAAAAGCCAGUGUGAAGGACGAGGCCCUAUUCAAGGAUGAGACCGACAUCUUUGCUGACAUUCCCGCCUCCAAGCCCAAGGAGCCCAAGAAGAAGAAGAAGACGACCGAGAAGAAGAGCAUAUUCAAGGAUGAUAUAGAUGACAUCUUUGCAGACUCCUCCCCAGUGUCGACCAAGUCUAAGAAGGAUACCAAGAAAAAGACAAAAGAUACAGGAAAGCCCAGUGAUGAUGAUGUUGACAUAUUUGAAGACCCCCUUGGGGGAGCCAAGUGAUGGCAUCAACAUGAGUGAUGGAUACAUUGUUAUAUUAUGUUAUCAUUUGUAUAGUAAGAUUAUUUUGUACAGAUUAGGUUGUUUUUAUGCGGGUCAGACAGGAAAGUACAAGAAGAAAAUACAAAAACAAUAUUUUACAAACACAUGUACAGAGAUAUUUCGUUGUUAUGAGACUGACCCCCUUCCCCUAAAAAAGAAUGAACAAGUUGAAAUGCUAAUGUGUAUUAAAUGUUUAUAGGAACCAUGAUUAUUCUGUCCCUUACCAGUCUCUUUGAAGGCCAUACUGCACACUGAAAUACUCUGCAUUGAAGUAUUAAUGCCCAUACACAUUUGUCAGCAGAGAUCCUUUGAUAUCCAAAAUGCCAAGGUGACCUGGUGCACUUUUUUCAACUGAACUAUCUCUACAGAAAAUGAGUUUCAUGCUGGUCGAUUGUAGUGUGUUUCUUAUUUCUAAAUUAUUUGACAACAUUUGUAGUUUAUGGAAGAACUUCUAUCAUCUUGAUUUAGAUUUUUGUAAGAACUAAACUACAUAAGAAAGAGCAUUUAUGUAUCUCAACUUUAUAUGAGGACCUCCACCUUUUGGGGGAUAUACUUACUUCUUCAUCACCCGAUAUACUUCGAAAUGUUGUGUUCCUCAUAAUAAAGAAGUUGACAUACAUAAAUUCUUCUUCAUUAUUUGUAUCACUUCGAAAGGCCAUUCAAAGACUUGUGAGUUACAUGUACAUGUAUUUAGUUCCUGUUGUGUUUUUCAUCAAAUCAUGCAUGUGAAAUUGAUCAGAGUGGAUGAAGGUUUAAAUCUUUCUGACAGGCAGUAAAUGGUGUCAUUUACAGAUGUCUAUGCUUCAUGUUACUGCUAAUUCUUACAAUCCAAUCAUUAGUUAUGGUUUCCAUGUUGUGUAUCUGCUAGAUGAACAGAUGAUGGGGUGAAUGCAUCUUCUGAAACACUAGAGGAAAUGAUUUGCCCAAGACAGCAGGGCAGGAAGUGUACCCUUGUUGUUUUUUGUUUAAUGCCACACUCAACAGUAUUCCAUCGACAUGACAACAGUCUGUAAAUAAUCGAGUGUGGACCAGACAGUCCAGUGGUUGACAUCAUGAACAUCAUAUCAACUGGAACAGGAUGUGUUAGCACUUGGACAGGAGGUGUAUCCUGUGGAAUAGGAGAUAUGUCCACUGGGACAGGAGAUGUGUGCACUGGGACAGGAGGUGUAUCCACUUGGACAGGAGGUGUAUCCACUGGGACAGGAGGUGUAUCCACAAGGACAGGAGGUGUAUCCACUGGGACAGGAGAUAUGUCCACUGGGACAGGAGGUGUAUCCACUGGGACAGGAGGUGUAUCCACUGGGACAGGAGAUAUGUCCACUGGGACAGGAGGUGUAUCCACUGGGACAGGAGGUGUAUCCACUGGGACAGGAGGUGUAUCCACUGGGACAGGAGGUGUAUCCACUGGGACAGGAGGUGUAUCCACUGGGACCGGAGAAAUGUCCACUGGGACAGGAGGUGUAUCCACUGGGACAGGAGGUGUAUCCACUGGGACAGGAGAUAUGUCCACUGGGACAGGAGGCGUAUCCACUGGGACAGGAGGUGUAUCCUCUGGGACAGGAGGUGUAUCCACUGGGACAGGAGGUGUAUCCACUGGGACAGGAGAUGUGUGCACUGGGACAGGAGGUGUAUCCACUGGGACAGGAGGUGUAUCCACUGGGACAGGAGGUGUAUCCACGGGGACAAGAGGUGUAUCCACUGGGACAGGACGUGUAUCCACUUGGACAGAAGGUGUAUCCACUGGGACAGGACGUGUAUCCACUGGGACAGGACGUGUAUCCACUGGGACAGAAGGUGUAUCCACUGGGAGAGAAGGUGUGUUCAUCAGGGCACAGGUUUGUUGACCAGCAUGCAUCUCUGAUCAGAAUAACUGUGAGACAUGUUUCGGCAGGAGAAAGUUGCUCUGUGACUUGGACAAAGAUCAUGAGGAGAAAUAUGGAGACUUUCUGUGUUUGGCAUUGAUGGUGUCUUGUUUUAAACUUAACAUAUAGUGGUUUCAACAUAAUAAACUUGUUAAGAAUAGUUGUAUUCAAUUAUAACAAGUUGUGUGGUGCUAUUAUCAGGUAGAUUCGUAUCAAGCGAAUAUACCUUCAAGCUUUGCAAUGAAGCUGGCAUGGACAGACUGUAUAAUUGUUUGGGGGUUGAAAUGGAAAAAUAAGUGUUACAUAUAUAAGUAAUUGUAUACACACAUCCAACCCUGUGAGCAAAAAAAAAAUAUGUGGCUCUGUGGAAUAUUACCUCAGAAUUCGAGAUUUAUCAUCAAGACUGAUUUGAGUUGUAAGAUGUGCACAAAUACUGUUGGUCUUGAAGGAUUAUUAUGGAAGGUAAUCUUAUGACCGGUAAAUACAUAACAGAACAAUUAAUGCUGUAUAUCUGAUCUAUAAGAGACAUUGAGUGCAAUAAAUGCCUUUAUAUGAUA